CACGGACCGCCACAGAGAGCGGAGUGAAAGGUGUCCGAAUGAAAGUCUACUUCUGAACGUCAGGAUUUCACCUUUAACUUUUUUUUUAACGACAUCGACAUUUAAGAGGAGGCAAUUCCCACCAUAGUCCCUGCUUUGGUGAUUUGCUGCAUGACCCUGGAAGCUUCGCCCUGAGAGUGAGAUGGAAAACAGCUCUCAUACACUGCCACUCUCGUGCCCCUCUCCCGCCACUAUCAGAGGGCCUCUGCCGUUGUCCUCCUCACCCCAGCAUACCUCCUCAAAUGGUCGCAUUUCACUGCCACUUUCGCCUAUCUCUUUCCCGCCAUCCCCAGCCUCAUUUUCCCCAGCAACAGCAGAGUCUGUUCACUCCUGCUCCCCUCUUUCACACUUUACAGUGUCUCAUUGCCUCGAAGGACAAAGCCUAGCUGACCAAGAUGACCUCACCUGUCUCAACUGGCUUCAUCAAAGAGGGGAUCUGCUGCCACUGCAGCCCCUCACCAAAAUGACACUGCUGCCUCAGCAGGAGCCCUCCGUGGCUUCCCAGCUUCUUCCCGCUGCUUCGUCCAAGCCGCCGUACUCCUUUAGCAGUCUGAUUUUCAUGGCAAUAGAAGAUUCGCCACAAAAGAGGCUUCCAGUGAAGGACAUCUACGAAUGGAUUGUGAACAAUUUCCCCUACUACAGGACGGCAACGGGUGGCUGGAGGAACUCUGUCAGACACAAUCUGUCUCUGAGCAAGAGCUUCAGACGCAUUCAGAGGGACAAGAGCCAGUCAGUGGGGAAGGGAUCACUGUGGUGUGUGUGUCCAGAGUACCGGCCAGCGCUCCUAGAAGUGCUCAGGAAGACCCACAGUUAUCACAGCAAUAACAGCAACCUGUUACACAAGCCUGCACUGUUGGAGGGAGAAAGCUACAAGAUGCCUGCUGCGUGUGAUUCGAUGGAAAUAUCAGGUCAGGACCUACAUACUGGACCCGAUCCUCUUUCUCACUCCCUCCUCCUGUCUGCCGCCGACAGUCCGAUUUUAGCCGAAAACCCGCUGUGCCUUCUGACCCCGGAUCACGAGGAGCUCGUCACCAUGGAGUCUGUGGAAUACCAGCAGGAGGAGGUGUGCGAAGACAUGGAGAAGGACCCCCUGUCUGACAGCGGCUACAUCGAGCUGCACUAUUACGAGUCUCAGCAGUACCAGUACCUUGUGCUGCCGGACGACACUGAGCUCGACCUGGAGACUGUGGAGAUCCUGCAGCUUGAUGCCGAGGCCCAGGAGGCCGCCGGGUCACUGCUGGACCUCGCAGGCGGUGGAUAUUAGUUCAGAUCCUCAAAGAAACCGUCCUGGGAUGACAACACUGCCCUAUAGCCUGUUUACUGCCCUGUAGUGAUAUUACAGUAUAGAUCGAAUUAACUGAUGGAGUAUCGUUCCACAUAAUUUCAGGCUUCCAGUACACAAGCUGAAUAUAUCACCAUAGCAUCCCAUCCAGCCUGAACAGAGCCUUCAGGGUGUAGAACUGAGACAAAAGUAUUAAAAAUGAAGUGAUUCCACAGUGA